AUGGAUGGAAUGGACUGCAGUCCACGAAAGCUUAUAAGCAUCUUCUUUGUGAUCCUUCCCAAAAACUACAAUAGAGAUUUCUCAGUGUUAGUACAGCCAGCUUCUAAGGAGGCCUGCUUCCUUCGUUUCCCCUUUUUCUGCCUCUCUCAGUAUGGAUGCAAGAACUGUGGCCGAGCGUUCUGUUCUGGCUGCCUCGGAUUCAGUGCGAGCGUCCCCCGUUGUGGAAACACUCAACAGAAGGUGUGCAAGCAAUGCCACAAGGAAUUAACCAGUGGACCACCUCAGUCCAACGCAGCUAAAUGGUCCCCACCAGAGAACUAUAAAAAGCGUGUGGCGGCUCUCGAGGCAAAGCAGAACCAGCCACAGGGGCCUCAGAAAGGCUUGGUGAAAUCCCAAAGUCAAACAGACUCCAGGUUUCGAGGGCUGUCCAAAGAGGAUCGAGCCAUCGCAGAGAGGCUGGAGAGGCUCAAGAAGGAAUCAAAGCCCAAGUCCGUCCCUUCACAGGCUGAAAUAGAGUCCAGACUGGCAGCACUGAAAGAUGGCCCUACGAAGCCCAUUCCAUCUACCCAAGAGAUGGAAAACCGCCUGGCAGCCUUGCAGGGCAGACCUCUUCCCUCCACAGCUCCCAGGCCAGUUCAUCAGCUCUCCAGCACCAGGACACAAGUGGAGCAGUCAGAUGACCUGCUGAACCAGAUGGCUGAGGAAGUUGCAAUAGAUCAGAGCUCAGAAAUCAAUACACAGAGUUUGAAUGACCUAAAUCGAACUGAUGGGAUCACCAGCAUUGAUGAUCUGGAUCCCAAACAGUUGGAAGAAGAGAAGAAUAAACUUCUGGCAGAGGCUGCUACUGAGCUGAGGGAAGAGAACACCAGGCAGGAGAAGAUUCUAGAAGUGGCCAAGCGAUUGGCUGUACUCAGAGGCCAAGACCCUGAGCAAGUUACUUUGGAUGAUUACAAACUCCCCAACAGUGAUGAAGAAAUGGAAGAGGAAGAGGCCAUUCAAAGAGUUUUGAAACAGCUUACUGAGGAGGCCGCUCUGGAUGAAGCAAGCGGCUUCAACAUUACCCCAGAUCAGUCCACCCAGGCAGGAAGUGCACAUCAGAAACCAGUCAAGAAACCCAAGCAGGCGCAAGCUUCGACAUCUAAAGCCCUCGUCUUGCCUGCUAAAGCAGUGGACAGCGAUGAGGAAGAGUUACCUUGGUGCUGCAUCUGCAAUGAAGAUGCUACCCUGCGCUGCCACGGCUGCGAUGAUGACCUCUACUGCCACAGGUGCUUCCGGGAAGGCCAUGAUGGGUUUGAUCGGAAGGAGCAUCAAACUUCGAGCUAUCGCCCUCCUCAGAAGAAAAAAUGACACUAUGGAAGGUGAGAAGAGAAUGAGAUGUCAGAUGGGUGAAGGAA